GAUUUGUUUACUCAUUCCGCGGGUGCGCGCCUCAGUUCAAGAUGGCUACUGGAGACAAUAGCGGUCGGGUUCCGUGUUUAAAUUUCUCCGGACCCGGACCUUUGGGUAACAGCCAACCGAGCAACAGUCCUUACGCCUUGGCUGCGAGUCACGGAGGAUCCGUUGGAGGCGGCGGGGGCUCUCAGGGGGUAACAAGACGCUCAAAUCCUCAACCGGGGCCUGCGGGCUUGGAAAACCCCGGUGUUGCCUUGGGACCUCCGCCGAAUCUGAUGAACUCUCUCCCGGCUGCUGCGGCGGUGGCGGGGCCGCUGGGCGGGGCGAUGGCUCCGGCCGCCUCGAAUAUGACAGGAAACCCGUCUAACGCCGCGAUGACACCGGCGGCCGCCACACACUCGUCUUUGUCCGCCGCCCCGGCCGCAGCAGCCGUGCUCGUGUACCGGGAGCCCGUUUACAACUGGCAAGCGACGAAGAGUACAGUGAAAGAGAGAUUUGCCUUCUUGUUCAACAAUGAAGUACUGAGUGAUGUUCACUUUCUAGUGGGUAAAGGAAUGGGAGUCCAGCGGAUACCUGCGCACAGGUUUGUUCUGGCCGUAGGCAGUGCAGUAUUCGAUGCCAUGUUUAAUGGAGGCAUGGCCACCACAUCCACAGAGAUCGAGCUUCCUGAUGUCGAACCUGCUGCCUUCCUCGCAUUGCUCAAGUUCCUGUAUUCUGAUGAGGUUCAAAUCGGACCUGAGACAGUGAUGACAACUCUCUACACCGCUAAGAAAUACGCCGUUCCGGCUCUGGAGGCUCAUUGUGUGGAGUUUCUGAAGAAGAACCUGCGCGCAGACAACGCGUUCAUGCUGCUCACACAGGCGAGACUCUUCGAUGAGCCGCAGCUGGCCAGCCUGUGCCUGGAGAACAUCGACAAAAACACAGGAGACGCUUUGGCUGCUGAGGGAUUCACAGAUAUUGAUCUGGACACGCUGGUUGCGGUGUUGGAGAGAGAUACUCUGGGUGUGCGCGAGGUGCAUUUGUUCGGAGCGGCGGUUCGUUGGGCAGAAGCUGAAGCUCAUCGACAGCAGCUCCAGCCAACACCGGAGAACAAGAGACGAGUGCUGGGAAAAGCCCUCAAUCUCAUCCGCUUCCCUCUCAUGACCAUAGAGGAGUUCGCUGCAGGUCCUGCUCAGUCGGCCAUUCUGACAGACAGAGAGGUGGUGAGUCUGUUCUUGCACUUCACAGUGAAUCCUAAACCACGUGUGGAGUUCAUCGACCGGCCGCGCUGCUGUCUGCGAGGGAAAGAGUGCAGCAUCACACGCUUCGGGCAGGUGGAGAGCCGCUGGGGUUACAGCGGGACCAGCGACCGCAUCCGGUUCUCUGUAAAUCGCAGGAUAUUUAUUGUGGGGUUUGGGCUUUAUGGAUCCAUCCACGGACCUACAGACUAUCAGGUCAACAUACAGAUCAUUCACACAGACAGUAACACAGUUCUGGGUCAGAACGACACCGGCUUCAGCUGUGACGGAUCGGCCAGCACAUUCAGAGUCAUGUUCAAGGAACCGGUGGAAGUUCUUCCCAACGUCAAUUACACAGCCUGUGCUACAUUAAAGGGUCCAGACUCGCACUACGGCACUAAAGGAAUGAGAAAAGUCACGCACGAGUCGUCCGGCUCCGGCACCAAAACCUGCUUCACCUUUUGCUACGCCGCGGGAAACAACAACGGCACGUCUGUCGAGGACGGCCAGAUCCCAGAGGUCAUCUUCUACACGUAGUCACCGCCGGCGCCUCAGGGGUUUCCGUCGGCACAUGAUAUUGCACUUGACCGUAACGCUGUAAAGAAUUCAAAGAACUGACGGUAAAGACGGACGCGUGAAGCUCUCGCCGCUGUUACAGGACGAACGGACGACUGUCUUCAGGGGUCUCUGUCAAUAAUAACCCAUAGUAAUGAUUGCGAUUAGACUUUGAGGGCUCAUAUAUUUACACUGACUGUUAACAGCGAGUGAAUUACUCACCCACGACUGACUGACAUGUAACAUGCAAAUGUAUCUUUAUUUUUGUGCAUCUGAUUUGCAUCAGUCGAUCCGGGUUGCAAUUAAAACUCUUGCCAAACCUGCACCUCACAGUGUUUAAGAGCUUUACAUUUAAAGGAACAGUUCAUUACAAAUCAAGAUUUGGAGAAAUGCAGCAUUCCGUCACUUGCUCACCAAUGGAUGUGAAUGGGUGCUGUCAAAAUUUUAUCACAGCUUUUGUCUUCUCAAGAUGUUAAGUGAUGGACUGGAGUCGUGUGAGUUACUUUUGAUGGUUUUUAUCAGCUGUUUCGACUCUCGUUCUGACGGCACCCAUUCACAUGCAUUGGUGAGCGUCUGAUGCAAUGACCCAUGUCUUCAAAUCUGAUGAAGAAACAUUCAUUCUAAUCUUUGAUGGCCUGAAGAAGCACAUUUUUAGCAAACGUUUAUUUUUGAGUGAACUGUUCCUUUAAUUCUAUAUAAAUAAAGCAAAUUUUGAUGUGUAUGCAACUAAUGAUUUGCGCAUAUGCUGCCGUACAAAAGCAAGAAGCAGUAAUUACAUAUUCUGCCAGUGAGUUUAGACUAAAAUUGUGAUUUAGAUUGUUAUAUAUUUAAAAAAAAAUGAUAUGAAAUCAAGUAAGUCACAUAGUUUUGAUGUUGGUGUAGUUACUGCGUUGAGCUUUUGUACAGCCGUGUGAUUGUAGACCAGAGGAAGGCGUUCUGGGAACAUGGUCUGUUAUUUUCUCUUCUGUGCCAAGGUUUCCUUCGAUGUUCCUCAUACAUUGAGCACUUAAUUUAACUAGAGGGUGAGAAUCAUUCAGGAACACAGUAUUUAUUUACAGGAUGAACCUCAGCACUCGUGCAUGACUGUUCGGAUCAAACACGAUCGUGUUUCUGGAUUGUAGAUGGUCAGUUAUGUUGGGUCUUUGUAUGACUACUCAUGUACAAUAAAAGUUGAAUCACUCUUUUGACUAUU